UUCGAUUUCACAAUGGCGGGUAACGAUGUAGUAUUGGAAGGAUUUAUAUGCCCUAUAUGCAUGACCGAUUUCAAGACACCUAGUCAUUUAACGAAGCACUUCGAGGAAGUUCAUAAUGAUGAUCCAGAGAUUCUAAGAUCUCUGAAAGAUUUGUUUGGCAAAGCCAAGAAAAAGAUCUUGAAGCAGGACGAUAUACCAGAAACAUUUCCAAACACAAUAAAACAAGACAAGAGACUGAGUCCUGAAAUUAAUUGGGGAUCACAAGAAAUAGGUGCAAUUACAUCUCACACAAGGUAUUUUAAGGAUAUAAGAAAUACUCGAUUAGAAAGAUAUGCAUAUGAAACAAAUAAACUUCUUAUAAGAUUAGAUAAAUUAUUAAAUAAUUUACCAUCGGAUCCUGUCGAUAGAAAAAUUCACGAACGCUCCAUUGUUCCAUGGAUUGAUGAAAAAGAUGUAAAAUUGUGUCCUAAUUGCGCUAAGAGCUUUCAUUUGGCAAGGCGAAAACAUCAUUGUAGAUUAUGUGGGGCAGUUAUGUGCCAUAAUUGUACGGUAUUUUUGCCCCUGAUCAAUGCACGAAAAAUGACUAGUCCCGUAUCGAUACAAGAUGAUUCUGCUUUGUCUCCUAUAUCAGAACGAACAUUUCCCGAGAGAAUAGCACGUGCGGGCAUAGGUCUCUCAAAAUUAGCACGAUCACCUUCUAAUGGUAGUUUAAAUAGCGUUUUAUCAUUGGUCAAUGAUUCAACUAGUAGCGAACAGCAUUUUAGAGUCUGUACUCACUGUAUAAACUUGCUCGAUGCAAGGGAAAUGCAGAAAGCGAAGCAAUUCGAUAAACCAGUUGUUUGUGAAUUUUAUGAAAAAAUGAAGGAGUACAUGAGCGAAGCAUCGCAGCAUUUAGCAAUGUACAACAAAAUGUGGGAAUCGCUAAAAGAAGGUGAGACUACGUAUGGUUUAGAAGAUGCACAGUCGUUACGAGUCAAAUUGGCAAAAUUGGGGGAAAAUAUAGAUGCGACCAGCAAAAAAGUUUUAGUCCUUGGUGUGAAGAAAGAUGCAGCGGAUUCGCAGGAGGCAUUGGGACAAGAAUUGAGAUUAUAUCAGAUGGUUAGAACAUCAGCAAUGAUAUUUUUGAAAGAAGAGCUAUUAACUCUGCAACCUUUGCCCUCGGUAGAGGAAUAUGCAGUUUUACAAAUAGAACGUCAGAAAAGAAUAGAAGCCCGAAUAGCAUAUGAGCGGCAGUUGGAGGAAGACCAAGAGAAACCGAAGGAACAACGCAAGAAAGAUACAUGGAAUUUGGACAGUAAUCCAUCUUUAAAAACCAGUCAGGCACAAGUAAUGGUGACUCAGUCUCAAGGCUGGGGUUCAUCUCAUAUUACACCUAUUAUGUCUUCAUCUAUGGAUCCAAUAAUCGAACAAAUGAGCAAUCUUCGCGCGUACAUCAAACAGGCCCGUGCUGAUUGCAAGUACGACGAGGUUGCAACAUUAGAAAACAAUCUUCGAGAACUUCAAAGUGCCUACUUUGCUAUGAAACAAAGUAAUAGCAAUGAUGGAUAGAUAUAUUAACAGC